AAAAUAGUUGUGUACAAUGGUUGCCAGUUUCGCCUCCCUAACACGUCCUCUCCACGCGGCGACAGAUCUGCGUGACAGGUGGACACAACCGCGACUAAACUCAUCUCUCUGUUUCGAGGAGUUCCUGCAGAUUGGAGGCUGCUUCACAAACAUGGCGGAUCGAAUACUUAAAUACAGUCAAAGAAGACGUGCUGCUAGUUUUCAGUCUCAGCCACACUUUAACCAAAGCUUGCACCCUCGCCGUCCUCGGAUCCUGCUGACUGAUGAUGUGCCUGUUUACAGCGACGCCACUGGCCUGAGGAAAGAUCUACCUGCUUCCGGAGACCACGGCCGAGUAGAAGAGGCUUUACUUUCUGUAGGAGGUGACGGACCCACAAUUGGGAGGGCUUUUAUCCCAAAACUCAACGAUAUACUUGAUUCUGACGACAUCCUAUUGGGAGAUGAGGACUUGGAUGAUGAACAUGCUGCCCUCUCUCUUCUUGGUAUGUCACCCGCUGGAAGUAUUCUCUCGGAUGAAGAGAUCAUCCCAGACCAGAUCAAGUACCUGAAGAAUCCAGACAAGACCUCCAGCACACAGACUGAAGUUUGGAGAACUGACUGGCACAAGAAUCACAUGGCAGCAAUAAGUAGUGAGAAGUUUGACAGCCUCCUGAAGAUGUGUCCUGAUUUCCAUGGCUGCAAGAGCCACAUGGCAGCAUUUGUCUUGAUAAGAGAAGUGCUGGAUACAGCGGAUCGUCCAUGUGAGCAUUACAAGGUGGUGGCGUUGGGAGCUGGCCGUUUAAGCUGCAGCAAGUGGCUUUGCUACAAUGGGACGAUGGUCCAUGACUGCCACGCCAUCAUCAUCGCCAGACGGGCUCUCAAAAGGUUUCUGUACAAACAGCUUCUGCUCUUCUUUGAUGCUGAUCCAAAGGCCAAGGAGAACUGUGUUUUCAAGGGUAGUGCAGACGGCCACCAGCUUCAGCUCAAACCCAAGACCAGUCUGCAUCUCUACACCAAUCAGUGUCCUGAAGGAGCAGCGAAGAACUUCUACUUCAAAGGCCCUGAUAUGAAUGAUGUAAUGACCACGAUGAAGCUGCAGUAUCAUGCCAAGGACCUGCUGGUCCCUGUAGCCUACCUUGACCCGAGUCUCUUGGGUGCCAAAGUCUGCUGCAUGUCUGGUAGUGACAAGUUGUGCCGCUGGACUGUUACUGGGGUGCAGGGAGCAUUACUGAGCCACUUCAUCCAGCCGCUCUACAUCACCAGCAUGGUGCUAGGGCCCCAGAAGCUCUUGAAUGAGGUAGUGUCGGAUACCACCAACAUGCGACUGCGUGAUGGAUGGGAGGGCAGUCUGCCGCCAUCCUACAAAAAACACGACAUCUUCUUUCUCUAUGGCGACUACGUCGGGCCUGCUGUGACCUCCCCGUGGCAUGACCAUCUCGGCGUCAACUGGUGUCUCGGAGACAAAGAUGUUGAAGUUCUGGACUGUGAAAAAGGCCUCAUCAUAGAUGGUUCCCCAUCUGUGAGUGGGCCUGGCUUCUCAAGCAGACUUUGCAAGAGAGCCCUCUACAGUUAUUUCCUCAGAGUUGCACAUCUGGGUGGGCAUAGCUAUCUGCUGGAUCUUCCCACCUACCACAGCGUCAAGGUGGAAUCCGUCGUCUACCAGGCAGUCAAAGAUCUGGUCAAGCAACAGUUUCUGACCAACCAUGCAGGUCCUUGGAAUUCAAAAAUGCUGGUGGACUGCUUUAGCACUUGAAAGUGCUCUCACAUGAGUAGCAGGCCAUGUAGAAGUUUAAGUUCCUCUUGAGAUUUUGUUUGCUGCGCUUUACUGUGCACUUCAUUUAUUACCUUUUUAACAGAAAUUAUAGUUUUGUUUUAUGUAUAAUAUUGUUGUUUUCAGUUUGUGUAGGUGUUUGAGAAAAAAAUAAAUGAGAGCCUACUGUUUUGCACCACA